AUGCAUUUAAAAAAGGCGGAGUUCCCAAAAAAUGACGCCUCCGUAAAGUCGAGCGAGAGGAGAGAAUCUUCCAUGUGUGAAGAAGAUGAAAUCUUCUCCAAUUCCACCUUGUCUGAUGCUGAAAGUUGCUAUCAGUUUUGGAAAAACGCCGACAGGGGAGACAUUUUUGAAAUAUGCGAAGAGUUCGAAAGUUCGGAAGAUGAAAGUGAGGUAAACAACAUGGAACACAAUUUUGACACACCCAAAUUGUACUCCAGCAUAGAAACUAACACGGUGCUGAUUGGCAUGGGCACCACGGUGGAGGAUGACACUUGUAUGCAGGACGAAGUGGAGAAUCCCCCAUCACGUGGAAAUUAA